AUGACCAUGCAGGCCGUAGAACAGUAUGUUUUGGAGUUGAUCCACCUCUACCUGAUCCUCUUCUCCUUCGCUGAAAACUCAUUUUUCAGCGCUUACCUCACCACCCUCGUCGUCAACCACGACCAGAAGACCAUCGAUCUCAAUGGAAAGAAGAUACAGCUCGGCCUUUAUGAUCUCUCUCCUCGGGAAGAACAUUCGGGAGUCGCGUCGGCUGUUUCGGGCUCUCCGGUAGACUUGAACUCCUACACGUCGGACCGCUACAAAGAGGCCCAUGGCAUCAUCGUCGUGUACGACGUGACCGAUCAGGCAUCGUUCGACCACAUUCCGAGCUUCUUGGACGAGAUGGCCAGGCACGAAACGACCACCGGCCUGGGCAAACCAUCCAUCCUUCUCGUCGGCUGCAAGACCGACCUCUCCCCGAGGGUUGUUACCACUGAGGCUGCAGAGCCUUAUUUGAUGCUGAUCGCCUCUAUCCUCCCUCUCUUCGCUGUCAACAUGUUGGAGGUGAAGAAGACGAGAAGCUGA